AACUCUAAUCUCAUUCAUUCGACGUUCAGCGCAUUUCGUUACGUUUUCGUUUGCUUGUUGCUUGCACUCUGAGUUGUGAAGCUUUGGCGUGGGUUCUCUGUUUCUGUUUCUCUACAAUUUCAAAUAAAUAUGCGUAAGCGGAAAUCUGUAAAGAAGAAUGACGAUGAUUCAGAUGGAUCUGAACCGGCAGCGGAACCAGAAGAAUUCCAAGACUCUGGUGAAGAUUGGACGCCGGAUGCCGAUUCUAAUGAACAACCUGGACGAGGAACUCGUAAGCGUACUUCUAAAGCGUCCUUGAAUAACAGCAAAAAGAAACGCAAAAACUCCUCCUCUGAGGAAAGUGAAGGUGAAGGGGAGGAAGAUGAGGAAGCAGAAGAUGAAGAGGGGGAACUUGAUGAAGAAGAAGGCUCUGAUGAUGAGAAAAAUGGUUCUGAUGGGAAUAAAUCUGAUUCCAGUCAGUCAAAAGAUGUACCAAAGCAUUUCCAUUCCGGGAACUUUGUAUUGCUAAAAUCUGAUGUAAAGUGGGAUGGAGAUACAGUCACCUCUAAGUUGGAUGAGUUAAAUUUGUGGAAAAUAGAUGGAAAAGCCCUCCUACAAAAAUUUAUUCCAAUGGAAUCAAAUGGUAAAAUAUUGCACAAAUGCACAUGUGUGUAUUCUGGAUGGAAUGUUGACAACCGAGACAAUUACUACCCCAUCACUGAAAUAUUGGAUCGGAAUCCACGCACUGAUUCCAAGGAAAUAUGUGUAGCAUUAGAUCUAAAUGAUCUUAUCAAAGUAAGGGACAAGUAAAUCCAUGGUAUUUUUUACUUAAUUCAAUUAGAUAAGUGAAAGUAAAUUAAUUAAUGAUUCUUUAAUUCCUGUUUACUUGUAUAAUUCAACUUCAUUCCAGAUUACUUUGUGUAAUAUUUUAUAAGCUCGGGGAUUAAAUGUUCAAUUCUACAAUAGGUU